AAAGAGCUAUUCCUCGGUUUGUGCUCACGAUGUGCAAAUAUUCACACUGCUUUGUCGAUCCCCUCGCGGGGUUUUGGGGGCUUGCGUGAAAAGGGUUGGGGAAAUGGAUUUUCGUAUACGGGUAUUUGUAAUUGUGAUAUCUGGAAGGGAGGGUUGCUAUGAUGGAGGUUAAUGUGAUAUGAGUAUCUGGGUAGUAUAUAUCCAUCCCAAUGUUCCAACUCUAUAUGUUCUCGUCCUACUCUCCUCUUUCUCUAUUUCUUCCUUCCAUACUCCGCCCCUACAAAUUACAUAUAUCCUCGAGUUCGCAAGAAUCACAGAAUGAAAUCCCGCGCGUCUCUUAUUAGUACUUUGUCGCUUCUUGCGGCGACAGCCACGGCGAAAACAUGCAUUAAUGCCACGGUGCCCGUUACGAUAUCUGCUCGUCAAGCAGUAUUCGAUAUCGAGGUUCCAACAAGCAAUCUCACUACUCCCGAUUUCUUCCUCAAUGUAACGCAGCAGGGAAGAAACUUCACGGAUAUAGCUUUGUCGGGAUAUCAGACGACGACUGGGACUUACAAUAUCAGUACCAUGUAUUGUAGACCCGAUGCGGAUAAUUCGAGUAACCCGACGAUACAGGUCCUAACCCACGGUAUCGGCUUCGAUAAAACCUACUGGGACCUCCCCUACAACAACUUCAACUACUCCUACAUCGACACGGCCACCACCAACUACUCCUACCACACUCUCUCCUUCGACCGUCUCGGAACCGGUAAUUCCUCGCACGGCGAACCCCUCAAUGAAAUUCAAUCCUACAUCGAAGUCGCCGCCACCGCGGCCCUCACAACCAUGCUCCGCAGUGGUACCUUUCCAUCCGCAAUGAACACAUCCUACACCCGAAUCGUGCACAUUGGUCAUUCAUUCGGAAGCGCCCAAACAUACGCUUUAGCAAACAUGUAUCCCAACAUCACCGACGGAAUCGUAUUGACUGGAUUCACGAUGAACAGUUCCUUCGUAUCCUUAUUUGCCGCGGGCGGAAACUUCCAACAAGCGCAGGAAAACCAACCGUCUCGAUUCUUUAAUUUUACUGCCAAUAUAGGGACUACGGAUAUCUCGUUGUCGUCACCCGAAGCCGUGCCCGCAGGCUACAUGGUUUCAUCCAAUGCGGCCGCAAACAAAUAUCUCUUCCUCAAGCCCAACUAUUACGAUCCAUCGAUCCUGACCUAUGCCGAAAGCACAAAGCAGACCGUUACACAAGGAGAACUUCUUACAUUGGGUUCCUUACCUAUGACUAACAAUUAUGCGGGACCGGUUAUGGUCAUAGAUGGGGAUGCGGAUUUACCUUACUGUGGAUCGGAUUGUUUGGCCACUGGAGGGGUUGCGGAUUCUUUGGCUGCGAUGGUGAAGGAUAGUUUUCCGAAUGUUGGCGAGAAUGAUUUCGAGGCUUAUAUACAGCCUAAUACUGGACAUGGUAUUAAUUUGCAUUAUAAUGCGACGGGAGCAUAUGGAGUUUGGCUGGAUUGGUUGGGAGAGAAGGGAUUGGCGGGUUCGUAAGAGUUAUGGAACGGAAGAAAGGUAUUGGGAGGAGAUAAUGAAUUUGAGAAGGAUGCAAAAUUUGAGAGCGUUGUAGUGUAGAUGAUCGAGAUGCCAGGACCAAAGGACUGUUGGAAGUCUUGAGGAUGAAAAGCAGUUUGGGCGUUGAAUUCUAGUUAAUUA